AUGAGCGAUCAAGGCCCCACAAAUACACCAAAGGACAUUAAUGCAGCAGAGGAGCUUCCAACAUAUGGUGAUUUAGAGGAACAAGAGCGCUCCAAUCCUAAUUCGAGAUUUGGACGAUGGAGAAGCUGGGUGGAGAAAAGGGCUGCCGAGCGGUAUGCAGAUAUUACUCCAGAGGACCGCGCCCGUCAACGCGAACGAGGAUGGGGACUCCCAAUCGACACAGCAGUCCCGGAGCAAGCGCCACCACCGGGCUUCGCAACCUCGCCGAUGUCUGCACAAUUGGCACCUCAACGCCUUGGAGAAACGAGUCUCUCAUUAUACGAGUUUGGAUCGCGGUUUAUACCCCACUCGUCAACCCCAAUCCGUUGCUUACUACCAUUAUUGGAGGAUCGAUAUCUCCUGAUAGGGAGUGAUGAUGGUCUUGGCAUGCUAGACGUUUUCCCGGAAUCCGAGUCACUCGCCCUCGAAAAUGGAUCCGUUCUUCAUGCUUUGGAAGCCGCGAAACGUCGAGAUGUUUGGACUGGAGAAUCGAUCUAUCAAUUGAAUCUACUGGAGUGUUAUCCGGAUAACCAAGGUGGGCUUCAAGGCGUCGUACUCGCCCUCGUUGGUCCCGAGGAGUCCGACCCGGAAAAGGAGCCCAUGAGGAGUGUCAGAAUGUAUAACUUGGCCAGUAUAUUUAGCCUGGUAAAAUGGACAGCAGCGCAUCCAGAUGCCAAACCACCUGUCAUUCAUGGGCCCAAGGGAUGGUCCCCCCAACAAGCGGGCACAAGAAGACUGCAGAGACCAAGCGCACAUGCAAUCACAAAGAGUCUGAAGUCGAUGGUGAUCGAUCAUGGACGUCCGGAUACACCACCAGGGUCAAUGUCGUCUGUCAAGGCAUCGUCCUUCGCAUCUGAAAGAUCUCCACCAAAGCACCAAGAUUCUGCCGAUACAGCCGACUCGUGGGACCUUGUUGACGAUCUACCCUUGCGAUGGGCGACCGACUACGUGAACCUUGCAACUGCUGGAUCUAAACUUUCAAACACUCCGGUUCUAUUCUACGAGCUAUGGAGGAACGAUGGGGUAAAUUCCAGAGGAACAUCCAUGCUCGCGGUAGUCACAAAGACAGCCAUCCUGCUCUAUGAAACGCCCAGGGGAGAACGAUCCUUCCGCUUCGUCAAAGAGUUCUAUACACCCCUGCCCGCGAAGCUGGUCACCUUUGUCCAACAAACGAACAACGACAUUGUCCGUGCAGUUUCUGUCCAUCACGAAGGAGGGGAGAGACUGAGAAAGGAACGCCCUCUGUCUAGAGGAGGCCCAGAGGGUGUGGCUAGUGCAACUCCGCGCGCAAGACGCCAAUCCAUACCAGGCGAUAGCACCUACGGCUCCCAGCUCUCACUGUUUGUCAUAUUUGAGAAGAAGGCUGGGUUAAUCCGAAUAGCAGACUCUGCGGUCAGCGAAAUGGAACUGUGGGACGAUGGUGGUCGGCCGCCCUCCCCCAUUCGAGCCCAAUCUCCUACCAGUAUCCACAGUAUCCACUCUUCUUCGGGCUUCCGCAAGUCCAUUCAGGUUCUCGACUUUCAUCGGGAUGGGAGAGGGAUGUGGCAGCCGAUGAUCACGAUGGAUAUCCCCUAUCCACCCUCGGCCAACGGAGAGCAAUCGGUCAUGGCUCUGUCGAAAACAUUCCUGAUUAUCUCGCGUGGAUCGCAAACUCAUAUCUUACCUUCUCCACUUCGAAUGCCUCUGGCAAAUCAUCAGCCUCUAAGGGUGAUUCGUUGGCACACUCCACCCAGUCGCGUUUCGGCAAGAGUAUCCCUCCUGGCUGAUCGACCGGCGAUGCUCCAACUGGUAGCAUUCAGUGACAAGGGAAUAGAGAUCGCUGAAACCCCAGUCACUUUUCUCUUCCAGCAGUCCGACCCUGGCUCGCCUGGCAAAGGAAAAGGAAAGGGCAAAUCGAUAAGCGCGCAAUCCGAGCCUUUGAACAGAGCGCAGUGGCAUACCAUGGAGACUACGAAGCCUCUUUGUCGAGGUGGUAUUUGGCAUCGAUUGGACACGAGUUCUGGACGGCCAGAAAUACAUCCCUCGGAAUGGGCGAAUGACUUGGCCUCGCAUCCGGCAGCUACCUCCAAACUGGAAACUGGCAAGGGAAUAUAUGCGACCGUACAGCGAGGAUUAGAUGAUUAUCGCGUGAUUUGGCUGGGCGACGAUGUCUCACCUGGCAGCAUUUAG